AUGGCAGCAGCAAUUUCUUCCUUCUUCAGACAAUCAGCUUGGAUUCCGACUCCCGAGCUGACCGAAAAGAACCUACCCAACCAAGCUGGACGCGUUUUCAUCGUUACCGGCGGCUACGCAGGAAUCGGUUACGAGCUCAGCAAGAUCUUGUACCAACACGAUGGCACCGUGUACAUCGCCGGACGCUCGGAAGAAAAGGGAAACAAGGCCAUUGCUGAGAUUCGCGAAGCUGUGACGAGCUCGAAGGGAAAGCUUGAGUUUAUGCAUGUUGACUUGGCUGACUUGACCACCAUCAAGCCUGCUGUAGAGAAGUUUCUGGCAAAGGAGUCUCGUCUGGAUGUUUUGACGAACAAUGCUGGUACUGCCCAAAACUAUGAGCUCCAGAUGGGCACGAACGUGCUUGGUUCUUUCUUACUCACCAAGCUUCUGCUGCCCAUCAUCGAGAAAACCGCCGCCUCUUCGCCAGCAGGAUCGACUCGCGUGACCUUUGCCGGCUCUCUUGCCGUCGAUCUCAUGUCCCCUACUGGCGGUGUAGCUUGGACAAACGGCGAGCCCAUCGUCCACGGCUCACAACAAGCUAAUUACGGCCAGUCCAAAGCUGGCAAUGCCCUGCUAGCCAGCGCGCUGCGCCGUCGAUGCGGAAAACUUGGCGUCGUCUCUAACGCCUGGAAUCCUGGAAACCUCAAAUCUGAGUUGCAAAGACAUACGCCUAGCGUGCAAGCCAUGUUCAUCAAUAUGAUUGUGUACCCAGUUCAGCUCGGCGCCUACACUGAGCUCUUCGCUGGCUGGGGCGAGGAAGCUGGUCGUCCUGAGAAUGCUGGCAAGUUCAUUAUUCCGUGGGGUCGUUUUGGUCCCGUGCGUGGGGAUGUUGCUGAGGCGAUGGAGAAUGGAGGCGACGAGAAGCUGUGGGAGUGGUGUGAGAAGGCCUCUGCCCAGUAUGCUUGA